GGUUUAUUUGGUGAAGGAGGAGAGAUUACUGUGGUGAGAGAUGACUCACUCCUCCUAUCUUUUGUAUUUCAGUCAAAUAGUGAGUUGCAGGACAGAUAAUUUGAAACAAAGCUCUGGUUUUCCUUCCUUACAUAACAGCUUAAACUGCCUAUGUGGUGCACAUAUCCUUGAUGUGCUAAAAACAUGUUAGUUGCGUCUGUCCCAAUAAAGAAACUGUCAAACAUGCAAAAAAGAUGCUUCCGCUGUGCUGCCAGCUCCCUGCAUCUCUUCUCCUCAUGGCCCCGGGUUACUGAUCUCCUUCUGCCUGGGUGAAGAGCUGGUAGCCUGAAGUGGGACGGGCAAAUCAGAGAAACUGGCCCCGUCCCGUUCUGCACUUUUAAUGAGCGCUGCGAUCAUGCAGGAGUAAAACUCCAGGUGGAACAGUGCUUUGCACACACGCCCGCUGCUCCAAAGUGUUUUUCAAUGAGAGAAUAAGGACUCGGGGAAAAGGCUCCGCAGGGAAUUACUGUGUGUUUUCAAACGCCUGUAGGAUUAUUUUACCAACUUCAGGUUGUGAGGUUAUACAAGGACAUCAGGCUGACCUGCUGAACCACCAUGAUCAGAGCAUCACUCACUGCCGUCUGCCUUGCGCUCCUCCUGUCCUGCGCAUGCUGGGCCAAGCCUAACGGAUCAAAGAACAAGAAACCAAAGCAAGUUGUUCCAGCUAUAGAGUGUGAUGUCAGAGCAGGGAAGAUCAAUGUGUCGGAGUUCAUGGUCAAAUGUCCUGCACACUGCAAGGAAACCAAGCAGCAGGUCUACGGAACGGGCGUGUUCGCCUCCAUCUCCAGCAUCUGCAACGCAGCCAUCCACAGUGGUGUCAUCACAAACUCAGGAGGAAAGGUGAUAGUGAGGAAGAUGGCGGGGCAGAAUAUCUACAAAGGCAGCAAUUCUAACGGGGUUCGCUCUCUGUCUCUGCCUAAGUGGAGGGAGUCAUUCACUGUCUCAGUGGGGAAGCCCAGGAAAGGAGUCAACUACCCAUCGACUCUGGACUACGUCCCUUCAAGACCAACCUACGUGAAAACAAGUCAAAAGGAGGACAAGUCGGUCACCACAGCGCUGCCUGCAACAGCAGCACCUGAACCCACCACCACCACUCCUGAACCCACCACCACCACCACUACAGCAGCUCCCACCACCACCACCACACCUCCACCGCCACCUUCCACCACCAAAGCCCGAGCAGCCGCCCAUAAAGUUAGGGAUGCAGGCAGCAGUCACCCGUACCUUGCCCAUGUGGCAGCCUCAAGACAGUCACAGAGUGGUCAUGGAAAGAGUCCCAGUCAAGUAUUCAGAGGAAGUUCCUAUCCGAGUAGAUUCCCACAACGUGCCAGUGCAGGUCUCCGCAGACCAGAGGCGGGGUCGGCUAUCAGGAGACAACCAUCCUCUCCAGUGGGCCCAGUUUUUAACAGGGUUCAGCCUGCACAACCCGAGCGGACUCCAACCAUGAGCCAGUCCAACCCGGCUUUUCCCAGAAGGGAUUGGCCACCCCCCGCUUUUCCUCGUCCUGAUUGGUUCCCUGGAGCUCGACGACCAGCAGAUGUUAGUUAUGCAGUUCCAGACUCAGGAUACACAUGGAGUGAGACGGACACACCUGAGACUACCGCUCGGGAUCACAGGCCUGAUAUCUCAGAGUUUGAGCGCUGGUUUUAUAACUUUGGACCAUACCUACCCCGAUCCACUGACUCAGAUGGCAGCCAUAAAGUACCACUGGAUACAACCCACACUAAAGUGGAGCCAGUGGAUGCCUGGAAGCCAGAGGCAAACCUUUAUGAAUCAGGCUUCAGCAUGAGAGAACAAGACCCUGUACCCAGAGUACCUGAGCCUGUGUCACAGGGAGACCCAAAUUGUAAAGUGGAUCUGGCCUUCUUGAUGGAUGGGAGCUGGAGCAUUGGGAAGCGGCGUUUUAAGAUCCAGAAGGAUUUCCUGGCUGAGGUGGCUCAGACCAUCAACGUGGGAGUGGCUGGACCCAUGAUGGGCAUCAUCCAAUAUGGAGAUGACCCUGUGACUGAGAUCAGUCUGAAGUCUUACUCCAACUCCAGAGAGCUGAAAUCUGCCGUAGAUAAGAUCAUGCAGAAAGGAGGUCUCUCCAAUGUGGGAAAAGCUCUCUCCUACAUCAACAAGCAGUACUUUAGUGAUGCCAAUGGAAACCGAGGAGGAGCUCCCAACGUGGCUGUGGUGCUGGUGGACGGCUGGCCCACAGACAAAGUGGAAGAGGCGUCUCGACUCGCUCGGGAGUCUGGCAUCAACAUCUUCUUUGUCACCAUUGAGGGCCCUGAUGACAAUGAGAAACAAAACCUAGUGGAGGUCAACUUUGUUGAUAAGGCUGUGUGUCGGACAAAUGGCUUCUACUCCCUCCCUGUGAACAGCUGGUUUGCCCUGAGGAAGGCCGUGCAGCCGCUUGUGAAGCGAGUUUGUGACACGGACCGUCUGGUGUGCAGCAAAACGUGCCUCAACGCCAACGACAUCGCCUUCGUCAUCGAUGGCUCCAGCAGCGUGGGAACCGGCAACUUCCGCACUGUGCUGCAGUUUGUGGCCAACGUCACACGGGAGUUUGAGAUCUCUGACACGGACACACGGGUCGGAGCUGUGCAGUACACCUACGAGCAGAGGCUGGAGUUUGCCUUCGGCCAGUACAACAACAAGGGCGAGCUGUUGAACGCCAUCAAACGUAUCAACUACUGGAGCGGAGGGACCAGCACCGGUGCUGCCAUCACCUACGCAGCAGAGCAGCUGUUCAGCAAAUCCAAACCCAACAAACGCAAGAUAAUGAUUGUCAUCACAGACGGACGAUCUUAUGACGACGUCAGGGCGCCUGCACUGGCUGUCCAUCGCCAAGGUGUGAUCGCCUACUCCAUCGGCAUCGCCUGGGCCGCCCAGGAUGAGCUGGAGUACAUCGCCACAGACCCCGACAAAGAGCACUCCUUCUUCGUGGACGAGUUCGACAACCUCUACAAAUUUGUGCCCAAGAUCAUCCACAACAUUUGCCAGGAGUUCAACUCCCAGCCCAGAAACUGAGGACGGACGUGUGGAGGGGAGGUGUGGGAGAUCUUCAUCCUGGGCCGUCUAAACAGAACACUGAUUGUAAAUUUGCUCACUCUGUUGCCCAGAUGGCGGUGCUGGAUUGGCUGCAGUGCCACUUAUUUGAAGAGGGAGGGCUUUGGAUUUAGGUGAAGAUUGUGGGUUUGGACAAAACAAAUUUUAGAGAAUAUUCUGCCCCAAAUACUCAGAUGGUGCUAAUGGUAAAAGAUUUGCAUACAGAGUGACAUAUCUCACUGAUACUGUGGUGCCAUAAAGAGAACAGUAUAGUUUGGAUCUUUUUAAUUAAUGGUACCAUUAAGUCACCAUUUAUACAGGGUUUAAAAGUUGUAACUUUGGUUUUAUUAAUGUUAGCGAAUAAUUUGCCAAUGCUUUAAACUUUAGUUACAAAAUUCAUGAGCAUUUGAGAUGCCAAGUAGUGAAAUAUCAUUAUGGAUGUCUUUUUUUCUCCUUUAACUGCUCAACAUCUGAACUAAAAUGCAUUCAUUAACAAGUUCUCCAUGUUGGAGUAAAGAUUUGAUAAAUUAAAUUUGUAACUACAUGCUUGUAAAAAAAAGUAAAUUAAUGAAGGAACCAAAGAGAUUUUUCAAGACUUGGUAGCUCAAAAGUUGCUUCAUCAAUAAAGCAUUAGUAAGUGAUUUAUUAUCAUUCAUAAAGCUCUUAAAGGAGGCGGUACCAAAAUCAUGACAAACAUAAGGCUACCUUACUGGGAUAUGGUGCUUGCAGAGAAAAUGUAGAUUUAAAGCAUGCCUAGCACUUCCUCUUCUGGCUUAACAUACUUCAAAACCGUAAUAAUAUGGUGCUUUAAUACAAUUCUCUGUAAAGAGGAUAUACUUUCUUAGAAUCGGUGCAUUUUGAUCUUCCUAAUAGGAGAGAUUUGAUAGUAGGGACAUUGUUUAAGUUCCCCUCAGAGACUAUGGUGCUCAUAUUGCUGUUGAUGCGACUCUUAAGUGCAACCAAAAAGUGGAUGUGAAAGGCAAAUCAACAACAUGGAACAAGGACUUGGGUGAGAAGUGAGCUCGGUAUAGCUUUGCCUAGAGUGACGAGAGGUCAAAAGUUUGCAUUUCCACAAACGAAAGCAGUUCCUCUCUUCACUCUUUGUUUUCUAAUAGUGGUUACUUCUAACAUUGCAGGCAUUUGUCAGUUUUGUUGAAAGAGUAUUUAUGAUUUUAUCCCUCUUACGCCCUAUUUGUACAUAUGCAUAUUAAAAGCGUUUCGCUAAUAAUGUUCAGAUAAUUGAUCAAUAUUUUUUUUGCAAUUUUUAAUAAAAUAAAGAAAAUGAAAAGAACUUAA